UGAUGACACUUACUUGACACUAUUUCGCCGAAAGUUGGUCCGUGGCUGCAUAACCUCACCAUAAAAUCUAAAUUAAAUAAACAAAAUGGAAUUAAACGAAAGAAUUCUUCACUACUUAGAGAAGACUGAUAAAGUAGAUACUUUAAAGUUAGCUAGUGAAUUCAAUGAAGACCAUCAAAAAGUUGUGGGUGCUGUAAAGAGUUUGGAAGCUCUUGAAAUGGUGGUGUCUGAAACUACGAAGAGUACGCGGUGGGAGUUAACUGGGGAAGGCGAACUGGUGGCUGAUAAAGGCAGUCAUGAAGCUGUGUUGUACAAUAGCAUCCCGGAAAAUGGUAUACCUCAGGCUGAAGUUAUGAAGACUGUACCAAACGCUAAAGUUGGCUUCAGCAAAGCUAUGUCCUCUGGCUGGAUACUUAUAGACAAAUCUGGGGGAGCACCACUUGUCAAGCGUAAAGUACAAAGCAUCACCGACACUGUGCAGGAACACUUGAUCGAAAUCAAAAAAGGCAUAGACAAUAUUCCUGAUAAUGUCAGAAAUGAUUACAAGAAACGCAAGCUGCUGCAAGAAGUUACUAUCAAGAGUUUCCUGUUAUCAAAAGGACCGCAGUUUGCAACAACUAUUAAAAAAUUGGAGACAGAUUUGACAAGUGAAAUGCUGUUGACUGGUGCUUGGAAAACUUUGCAGUUCAAGCCAUACAACUUUGAUGCUUUGGGCCAGCCCCCAGAAUGUGGCCACCUUCACCCUCUACUGAAGGUCCGUUCUGAAUUCCGAGAGAUCUUCUUAGAAAUGGGUUUCAAUGAAAUGCCAACAAACCAAUACAUUGAAAGCUCCUUCUGGAACUUUGAUGCACUCUUCCAACCACAGCAGCAUCCGGCAAGAGACGCUCAUGAUACAUUCUUCAUGUCCUCACCGACAAGCACUACAGAAUUCCCAAUGGAAUAUUUGGAAAGGGUCAAGAAAGUUCAUAGUGAGGGUGGUUAUGGAUCCCAGGGCUACAGAUACGACUGGAAGAUCGAGGAAGCACAAAAGAACUUGCUUCGUACCCACACCACCGCCGUCAGUGCGCGCAUGCUCUACAAGUUGGCGCAGCAGAAAGAAUUCACUCCUCAGAAGUACUUCAGCAUUGAUAAGGUGUUCCGCAACGAGACCCUAGAUGCCACACAUCUAGCUGAGUUCCACCAGGUGGAAGGAGUGAUUGCGGACCGAGGCCUCGGCUUAGCAGACCUCAUCAGUGUCCUGGAUGCCUUCUUCAAACGACUGGGCUUCGAUAGGCUGCAGUUCAAGCCAGCAUACAACCCUUAUACCGAACCCAGUAUGGAGAUAUUCGCUUAUCAUACUGGCCUUGGAAAAUGGAUCGAAAUCGGCAACUCCGGCGUGUUCCGACCAGAAAUGUUAUUACCUAUGGGUCUUCCCGAGGACGUUAAUGUUAUCGCCUGGGGUCUCUCGUUAGAACGACCGACUAUGAUCAAAUAUGGUCUAAACAACAUUAGGGAUCUAGUGGGCCCUAAAGUAGACCUACAAAUGGUACAGAACAACCCUAUAUGUAGGCUUGAUAAAUAAAUAUUUAUUUGCAUUUAAUAAAAUUAUUACCAAAA